AUAUUGUCAUAAUGAUUAUUCAAUGUUUCAUUGAUGCAACCACCGACCUCUUCAGCUGUUCAUGUCCGAUCUCAAUACGAAAUCAUUGGUCUAUGGUCAAUAGAAUGCCGAGUAUGGAGUACACAAUAUGUGGGAGUGGGAGAAGCGUGGCAGGUGGCGAUUGGUGAAUCAACAAACGGUUUUUUCCACUGCCACCUGGAUCUGAAGUGGAGUGCCGUUACUGGGGUAUAUAUCGCUUUUAGUCCGAGAGAUUCAGAAAGUAAAAGAAGAGAGAGAUAUAUGGGGACAGCGACGGCGUCUGCAAUGAGCGGCAACCUUUACAGCGUUUUCGUCUACGGAAGCCUACUCGCAGACGACGUCGUUCGUGUUCUUCUCAAACGUGUCCCUCAAUCUUCCUCUGCCAUCCUCAACAACUAUCACAGGUUUAGCAUAAAAGGCCGCGUCUAUCCAGCUAUCGUACCUCUUGAGAAUCACAAAGUCACCGGCAGGGUGCUGCUGGGAAUCACGGAUCCUGAAUUAGAAAUUUUAGAUACAUUUGAAGAUGUCGAGUACGAAAGGACUCCUGUUGAUGUUCGUUUGACGGACACUCGUGACAACUACUUACAGGCUCAGGCUUAUGUCUGGACCAACAGAAAUGAUCCUAAUCUCUAUGGAGACUGGAAUUUUGAGGAAUGGCGAGAACUGCACAUGGAAGAUUUUGUGAAGAUGACAGCUGGUUUUGUUGAAGAACUGGAGCUUCCUGAAUCAAAGCCAAGAGUAGCCACGUACGAAAACUACUAUAACCAGAAUGUUAGUAAUCCCAAACUCUCUUGAUCCUUUCCUCCUUUCAAGCUCUCCUAAAAUAAUGCCCCCCAUCCAUUUAGUCAUAGUUUAUCUAUCUUUUGCCGGAACAGGUUUCUGUUACUUUAGAUUUCAAUUCAGUUCCUUUAUCCUUCGCUUUUCUGAUAAUGAUAUUUAGUUAUGUUUUUGCCUA